AUGGCACUAGGAGGAGAAGGCGACUUUACCGGUAAGAUCCGGUUGCCCCUGCCUGACCACUUUUCUGGCCAGCCUUCGGACUGGGAAGAAUGGUCUUGGAACUUUAAAGCAUACAUUUCGAUGUUCGAGCCCAGCGCAGUAACUUUGCUAGAUCGAGCGGAAAUGAGCGCGGGUGAGUACACCGAUGAAACUUUGCAAGUCGUUCUCGACACCGGAGACUUAGAUGCUGAUGCAACGGCGCAGCGCGUGCUUUUCAGUCGCAAGCUUCAUUAUCUACUGUCUCAGCUCGUGAAGGAUUCGGCACGACUUGUCGUUCGACAGAAUGUUGACUCGAAUGGCUUCGAGACCUGGAGGAGACUUUACAACAAGUUCGCCCUUCCCGAUGCCACGAGGUCAACAGCUUUGCUCACCCAACUUUUAGACUUCAAGUUCAAUCCUUCAACCUUUGAGCAGGACUGUAAUGUCUGGGAAACGAUAAAGGUGAAGGUGAAUGCUGUUGAAGGUUCAGAUGAACUUUACGAUGGUACUGAGGAAGAUUGGUCUUACUUUGGUGAGGCCUCUGGCGAUGACUGGUCCGAGUGGACCGUCGGUGCACUUUUCGAUGGUGACAGUUGGGGUUAUGAUGCUUGGGAUGAUUCACUUUGGGAUUCCUCUUGGGGAGAUUCCUGGGAUUGGUAUCAGGACUUUGGGUCUUGGGGCGAAUGGUGGCCUGAAGCCACCUCUAAGGAGACUUUGCAGCAGCAGCCUCAGAAGACCAAGGAAGAGCAGACUUUGCAGCCGCCUGCAGCGCAGGCCACGGUGUCCGCGUCGUUGAACUUUGAAGGCAUGCUCAGUGGUGAAGUGGAUUUCACCUGUGGUGGACCCACUUUCGUUUCGAGUGCAAUUGAGAUGGCACCUUUGGAAACUUUUGCCAUGCACCGAAACAAUGGAGAUGCGAAGACACUUUUCAGUGUUGCUGAUCUGAACAUGCCACAUCUCAACACGACUUUCAGGGAUCAUGCUUUGGAGGAACAUGUGGUCGCAGCGACUUUUGAGGAAGAUGAGCCCUGGAUACUCUUCGAUUCAGGCGCAGCGACCCAUUGUUGUCCUCAGGACUUUGCAUCGGAAUGGCCACUUUUGCCUUUGACAGGCAAAGCACCACCGUUAAGAUCAAUUUCGGGUCAACCUUUGACGGCUUAUGGGAGAAGACUUGUGAAGGUUGACUUUGAUGGCCAACCUUGCUUCCUACACGUUUAUGUGUGCGAUGUUCCUUAUUGUGUAGUUUCGGUUGGAAGACUUUUGAGACAGGGUUUCGAGGUUUCGAUGAAGAAGGAGUCUCAAACACUCUCGACCCCUGAUGGGAAGCAGGUUCCGAUUCUGAGGCAUGGUUCACUUUUGUUCCUUCGGCCUUCGGUUGCACCUUUUGACAAGGAUGAGUUUGUGGAAGUUUGUGAUAUGUUUCAUGGAUUAAGUUCCCAAGGAACUUUGAUCGCUCCAACUUUCACCCCAAUGUAUUACCAUACUGAUCGUUGGGAACUUUCCGGCAACACCCUUACCCGAAUACACAAAAGAGCCAGAGCCACUUUCUUUUCUCCCGAAGGGACGAAGGAUAGGCCCGUUGAACUGGAUCGCUUAGCUGAUGAGCGAGAGCCUUCGGUGGAGGACACUUUCCGCCAACGCUUAGCAGCGGCAGCCACAGGCACUCUGCCUGAGUUUCAGAAGACGUUGGUAGACCAACUUUCCGAGAUGGAUCCUUCUACGGGAGAACCUUACACGCACGACCUUUGGUUGAACUUUCCGUUGUUCUGGGUUCGUGUCCACUACGAGCCCCGCACGACUUUGUUUGUGCCUGAAGACCCUCACUUUGAAGAACAGCUUGGGAAUGGACGCAUGACUUUGAUUGUGCGUGAUGGUGAGGAUCCCAAGUGGAACUUUGAUGGGUGGCGCAAUAAGUUGCCGCUUGAAACUUUCGACGCAGAGCCUGCCCAGCCGGAGUACUUAGCUCGACGGCCAAAGGGUUUGAAACAGCCCUACGAGCCUACUUUAACAGAAAGGCUGGAGGAUGAGCUUACUCACUUGCCUUUCAAGCCCUGGUGUGAAGUUUGUCUGCGUGCUAAGAGCCGACAGGCACAGAGCAGAAAACUUUCCUUGAGACAGCCCGUCUUGCAGAUGGACUUUAGUUUUCUGUCUGACAAGCCUGGUGCAGAGCAAAUCACCAUCUUGAACGUUGUUGAUGUGUUGACUAACAUGUCACUUUCAGUGGUGAUUCCGACCAAGGCCCGCACGCCUUACUCUCACGCGGAGUUGCGGCGCUUUGUUCUGGAGACAGGACGCACUUUUGGCAUCCUGCAGUGUGACCCCGAACCUGCUUUGCUUGCGAUAGCGGAAGCUGUGACAGGUGAGGUCGGUGGACUUUCCUUGCGGAAGACCCCAACCGGCUGGAAGCAAGCGCAAGGUUCCGUCGGCAACAUGCAGGCUACUUCGUACGGACAGAUCAAGGCUUUGCGGCUUGAGCUGUUGAACAAGUACAAAAGACGCUGGGGAAAGCGGUACAACGGCUUUAUAUGCCGCUUUGGUGAGACCGUACUUUUCCGUAGACAGCGCGUGCGCAAGGGCAAGCCAGCUUUCACGCGUGGCGUGUGGCUUGGUAAGGACACGGAGUCUGACCAGCACUUUGUUGCUGACUCCACGGCUGUCUUUAAGACGCGUUCUGUGAAACGCCUCCCGCCCACCCAACAGGCUGACUUUGACUUGCUGCAGUCAGUCACGGCGCGCCCAUGGGACCCGACGGGUGCAAAGGUUGAGACGGACUCCUUCAUCUUUCCGAUGCAAGGGUCUGAGGGGGCGACUGAGCCUACUUUGCACGGUCCUCAUGCUUUGGCGCCCUCGGUGGCGCCUAGCGGCGCUUCUUUGGCCCCUGAUGGUCCAGACGAUGGACUUUGCGACCCUGACUUGGAGCAUGCGUUGGGCCUUGAUGACGACACCGCGCCCAUUCCGGCGCGCGACGACCUUUCGGACCUUCCUGACGAUUUCUUUGAAGUCGACGAAGGCCCAGCUUUUGAACCUCCAAGGCUCACUUUGGACGAAGCCACUGCCAACACAGCGCAGGCACGGUCUAGCACAGACGCAGCUUUGCCCGAGCCUUCUGGCUCUCGCCCUAGACUUUCAGAAGCAUCUCCGACCAAGCGCUCGUCUGAGACUUUUGAAGUUGGUGGAACAAAGGUCCAGAAGAUAAACGCCGUCACUUUCUACAGUGGAAACAAGAAGAAGCGUGUACCAAGGACGGUUUUCGACUUUCGCAUUUCAGCUGUCACGACCAAGGACGGCCUGGAAGUUCCUGUUUCUGUGAAUCAGGAUGAAAAAGAACUUUUGCUGAUGAAGACGCUGGAAAACCCGUACUUUUGGUAUGAAACCGAGUUUUCUAAAGAAGAAGAAGUUGAAGGCAUGAAGAAGGAAAUGAAGUCCAUGACAACUUUCGAUGUGUUCGAUGAAGUAAACUACAAAGACGUUCCACCGGAACUUUUGGACAAAGUCAUUUCCACGCGUUGGGUGAAGGUACGCAAGUCAGACAGCACCGUGAGGUGCAGACUUGUCGUGCGUGGCUACACGCAACAAGUUGAAGACAAGGACGAGACUUUUGCGUCCACACCCUCGCUGACGACCUUGAAACUUUUGUUGACGCUUGCUGUAGCCAAAGGAUGGCACAUUUCAGUGGGAGACAUCUCCACGGCCUUUCUACACGCCGCGGUGGAUGAAGACUUUUAUGUCAUUCCUCCCCUGGAAUUCUAUCCAGAUGGCAACACGUUGUGGAAGUUGAAACGUGCACUUUACGGUUUGAAGCAUUCCCCGAAGCUGUGGCAGGAACACUUUGCCUCAGUUAUGAAGAAGAAUGGCUUUCGGCGGAUGAAGUCUGAUCCAAACCUUUACUUUCCGAUGGAGGAAGCCGCAGAAGACUUUGUCGAUGUGAUUAACUUUUGUCGCAAGCUGCAGACUUGGGACAUUCCGAGGGGCCAGUCGAGGAGGCGACUUUUUUGGUCCUUGCUCCUAACUUUUCCUUGGACAAGGAUUACUUUGCGACAGAUAUUGCUGCAAGCUUUGGAAGAUAUUAAGUUUCUCAAAGGAACUUUGGCAGCAGUGGAAAGGGCCCUUGACUUUCCAUUUGCCACGCGCGGUGAAGUCAAACUUUUGGAGAUCAGCAAGGGCAUUCUCCAAGAGGACUUUCGCCAGAGCGCAUCCAAGCAAGACUUUGAGAUGCCGCCAAAGCAGCCAUCGAGCCCACGCACUUUGGCUGCCCGCAGACAGUUUGAGGUUGGGCAUGCAGCAACUUUCCCAGCUGCCUUUCCUCGGAUGCUGGCUGACUUUAGCAGUUUCGUUCGCACUUUUCAGCCGAGCGACUUUGCGCAGAUCCUGGCAGAUGGUCGCCAGGUGGAGCAACUUUGGAAAAUUGGUGAGACUUUCAGGUCGAUCCCGGUGGGGAACCUGGAAACUUUGCCAGAGGUGUUUGAGGUACUUUUCCCAGGUCGCAGUCACCCGGGAUUUUGGACACCUCCAGAACUUUUCCUUAUUCGCUACACCACUUUUGCGCAGUUGUUGCAGACUUUGUUGCCUGGAGUACCAGCAACUUUGAGUGCUGAGCACUUCUGCCAGUUCAUGGUGUAUACAGCUUUACCUCUUGUGACGUUUCGACGCAAGGUUGAAACUUUGUGGAGGCAUGGAGAGUUCACUUUGCAGAGCUCCGAUGUGUUUUGGAGACUGCAGCUGCACAUUGUCAAUUGUCAUGGAACUCUUGAGACAUACAAUGACACGCGAGCGCUGGAGGUACCACAUUGGAAGACCCUCAGACUCCACCUCUGUCGUUGUACCAACGACCUACAAGACAUCCUUGGCCGAAGAAGUCCUCGACAUGAGAACCUGAGCGCCGGCCCAAACGGCCCUGACUUCACUGGAGCUCUUCAGAACAAAUUCGAUGGGGACUCGACAGCUGGUGCAUGGAUAUCCUCCCACUAG